GGAGCGAGGAAGGCCUCAAGAUGGCGGCGGGCGGGAAAAUUCUGGCCUGGGAUAUUCCACCCAAGAAUGGACAAGAAGUAUAUUUCUCGCGUGAUAUUUAUGAAAAAUAUUCACUGGCUCCAACACUCUCUGAGCUACUGUUGCUAUCCAAAAGAAAUGCAGAAGGCAAUACAGACAAAUCGAACCCUGGACAAGAAAACAGGACUUCUGGCGGACAAGAAUCAGUUCAAGUGGGAGCUCAGUCUUCAGCCAAUUCCACGCCUUUCCAAGAGCCCAGAGUGCCUUACCCUCAUCUUUCUAGUUUGACGGAGAGAGAGCAGAGGAAAUACUUACUUCUCUUGCCUACCUACUUAAAAGCGAAGCCCAGCCUGACAGAUACGUCAGAACAAUGUGAUUAUUCACAGUACCUUCAAAUGAAAGUAAGAACUGAAGUUGCUGAGUUUCUAAAGUUUGCUCAGAAUGCUGCCAGGGCAUGUGCUAAAGAUUAUGACUCCAUCUCUGAGAAGGCAUUACUUUACUCCAAGCGAUUUUUAAGCUCUUGUAUUGGCUGUGUGAAAAAAUAUCCUGAAUGUUACACCCUCCAUGAAGUUACCAGCAUCAUGGGAGGAAAGUUCAGCACAGAACUCACCUUAAGACUGGAAGCAAGACUUCUGGCUUUGGGAAAGGUAAACCUCAUUAAGUUACACUUUCCAAACAUGCCUGCAGAGAUACAGUUACCUGCUAACCUUAAAUCUGCCAUGGCAACUCCAGAACAGAGAGCUUCCCUGCUGCACCACGAUAUAAGCACAGACCCAAAUGCAGAGAAACUUGUAGCGAAAUAUUGCCCUCAGGUCGUGCUAACAAGUGAGUCGUUAUUUACCUUGUUGAACAACCACGGUCUGAACUAUAAGGAGCCGUGGGAACUGCCGGUUUCUGUGAAAAACAUCUCUGCUGCAGGUUGCAAACCAGCCACAGUGGCUUACAUUGAUCCCCCUCUCCCAAAGAAAGAGAUGACUGUGAGAGAAAAGAACCAGUUUUUUCACGCACUGCUGACAGAUUUUCAUACCACAAAGCAAUCCAGUGUUUUGGCCUCCGCUGCUGUAUUGGACAAGCCCCAUCAAGACCCUGAGAACCUGGACACUCUUGAAACUUGCCAAGGUAGACCGAUGCAAGUAUUUGACUCCAUGGAUCUAGAUUUCGACACUGACGUCACGGAAUUUGAAACAUUUGGCUCAACAUCGAAGUCUUUGAAAGUUUCCGAAAAACAGAGCGCUCCUGCAAAACCAGCUAAUCCAUCUAAAAUCCAGUUGGAGGAGCUCUUGAAAAUGGAGGAGCGACUGUUGGCAGAAGUGAGUAGCAGCACAGGCGAAAGAAGAAACCAAGUCAGUGACCAUCUGGCUUCAACACACAGCGGUGGGCAGAAUUCAGAUAGAACUCCAUCCACUGGUCGUGUCCUGGGGCUGGAUUAUAAAGGAGAUUCUUCGUGUCAAAGUUUUGAAUCCAUGGAAGUUGGACUGAGUGGUAAGGGAGGCGCAGCUGCUGUCAAAGAAGAUAAAAAUGACAAUAAGCCAAGCCUUUCAUCCUAUCAAAGUGACACUGAUGAAGAACCGUUGGUAAUCGACACAGAAUGCAAAAAUACUAAUAACACUAAACCCAGAAGCUCUGUAGCAGACAGUCCUGAACUUCCCUGCCCUACGCAAGACCUGUCAGGAGCAGUGGCUGAUCCUCCAGAGGUUCCAGACCCAGAAACAAACACUUCCCAAAAAUCGUGUCAAAAGUUGUCUGAAGGAUUCGAUCCUGUCCAGCAGAUCUUGAAAAUGCAAACUAAACUCCUCAAACCACUCUCUUCCAACUGUCCGGGACAGGCAGAUGUGAGCACUGCAAACUGCUCGAAUCCUGCCCCAAGCCAGACUCCUCUGUUGUUGAAAGAAUCGAUAGCUUCUGCUCUGACAUCUGGACAGAGCACCACUGCAGACACGGGUACCUUACCUAAAUCAAGCUGGUUAUCACACUUUCAGGGAUCUCAAAAAGGGUCACUUUGGGACGCUGUCGAAAACCCUUUAGAAUAUGAUGCUCCGGAGCAGGGAAACCUUGUCUACAAACUGUUCAGCUUGGAUAACCUGUUGCUUCUAGUGCGCAGCUCUAUACAGAAGGUGGAGAUAAGGCCACGCAAGAAGAAAAUUAAAACCAGGAGGCAUUUCCCAGUAUACGUAUUGCCAAAGCUGGAAUAUCAAGCCUUCUACGGAGCAGAAGUGUUAACAGAAAGUGAAAUAUGCCGGCUGUGGACCGAGAACUUACUGCAUUCCAACUGUUCGUUUGUGGUCGGUCAUAUUGACGCCCUUACUUCCAAACUCUUUUUGGUUGAAGAGUUGUCCGCAGAACAUUUGAAAAGAAGAUUUGGCACAUUUAAGCCAGCAAAUUCUUUGAAUAUUCUUCAACAUAUCUUGAAGAAAGUGGCAGGCUUGCAGGAGGGCUCCUACCUCUUGGCUCAUGCAGCAGGUGACUCGUCCGUUACAGUCCACAAGAGCUGUCUCGGGAAAGGGGCCAGAGGGACGUACAACCUGCACGCAGCUCACAGCGACCUGCCCGCCAUACCUUCCACCCUCUCGGUUCCGUGGGUCCCUCUGGAUCCCAAUAUCCCUUUACCUUAUCACUAUGCUCAAGGACGCGUCCCUUGCACUUUCCCACCACCGUCGGACACCAAAAAGGACCAGAAGAUGAGUGGGACGAAUGCACACCCAGACACACCUAACCACAGAAAACAAGUUUCCAUGGAAACAAACAGCAACUGCCUGCCAACUAAUCCUUUUAGAAAGAGACCCGGUGCUGCACAAAACAAGACCAUGAUGAGAAAUGUCUACAGACAGGCAAACAGAGGGCCACACUGGAAAUUCUGGAAACAAACAAACAGGAGCAAAGAGGACACUGCUUAGUUGUGCAAUGAGAACACAAAUGAAGGUUGGGGUGGGGCGUAACUUAUUAACGAAUGGAGAUACUGAUACAUUGGAGGAGAAGUCCUUGGUGGGGAGACAGAGCCGCAGGACAGGACUGCAUGUGGGCAACGUCUCUACAUGCUGCAAGCCUUCUGUAAUUAAGAGAGGAAUCAGGUUAGAGGUUCUGCUCGCUCGUGACAAGCUCACGCUUGAAGAAAACUGUUGUUGUUUUCUAAGCCAAGAUGUAACAAAUAAAAUGUGGGCACGCUU